GGGCGUUGGGCUAGGGCCAAAUGCCUUGAAGAGUAUGGACUUGAUCGAUCCCAUGUUACGGGGCUUGUAUAACAACGUUUCCACGGGGAAUCUAAAACCAGAGAAGAAGAAUGUUAUGAUGGAAGCUUUGCUUCUUGAAGAGGGCUUCGGUGAGAAGCAGGGAUGGAUGGGAGGAGAGUGGGGAUCGCCAACUUUCGAACGGACGAGCGCGCAUCGAAAAGCAUUGCUCGAUAUAAUGACGAGUCUGAUCCCUCGAGACACAGUCAAGUUCAACAAGCGAGUAACAAAUAUCCAACAAAACAAUGGAAGGGUCUUCAUCACCUUUCAAGACGGUGAGGUCGUUGAGACUGACACAGCGAUUGGUUGUGACGGCGUCAAGGGCUUCACAAGAGGUGCAGUUCUCGGAUCCAGAUAUCCGGAUCUGGUAAAUCCACAGUACUCCCACAGGUAUCUCUACCGAGCCAUCGCGCCCAUGGAAGACGCAAAGCGCAUCCUCGGAGACCGCGCCACAGACGCAGCCAUGUUCAUGGGACCCGGCAUGAAUUGGUCUAUCUACCCUAUCUCGAAAGGGACAGAAGUCAACCUUGUUGCAUUCAAGCAGGACCCCAGGGGCGCCUGGCCAUACAAAGAAUACACCCACCAAGUCGAUCUCCAGACCAUGUUGUCCGAUUUCGAAGGCAUAGACUCUCGCCUCCUCAAGCUCUUGGAGCUGUACGCAAAACCUAUCCAGUGGUCCCUCCACCACCACAUCACCACACCAACCUACUACAACGCCCAUGUCGCCCUCCUCGGCGACUCCGCACACGCCACGGGCCCGCAUCAAGCCGCCGGCGCGGGCCAGUGUCUCGAAGACGCCCUGGUCAUGUCGCGCCUACUCGGCCUCGUCAAGCGCGCUGCUGAUCUGCCCACGGCCUUCCGCAUCUUCGACUUCCUGCGGAGGCCGCGUGCGCAGAAGAUCGUGCAGACGAGCUAUGAUGCUGGGGAGAUUUAUACCUUUGCGUACCCAGAGACGGGGAGCGAUAUGGCGAAGGUGACGGCGAAUUGUAAUAAGCGGUUUCAGUGGAUCUGGGAGCAUGAUCUUGAGGCUGAUGUGAGGGUCGCGGAGAAGAUGUUCAGGAUGGAGACGGGGGAUGUGUGAAAUUGAGAGUCGUGAGGUUAGGUCAGUGGGUGGGUGAGGUGGCUAGUCUUAUGGUGUUGAGGCAUGGGGAGGGAGCGGGUUGAUGGAGACGGGA